CUCAAUCCUUCUCCGCUCUCUUUCUUCCAUUACCAAUCUCUCUCGUCUGAUUCUCCGAUCGGACACCACCGAGCCAAAAGAUGGAUCUCAAAUCGCCAUCGUCGGCGCCCCCCGCGGCCGCCCUCCUCUUCGCCUUGGCCCUGUUCCUGACGGUCGCGUCCGCCCUCGACAUGUCCAUCGUCAGCUACGACCGCGCCCACGGCGGCGACCGGUCCUCCUGGAGGACCGACGGCGAGGUUUUGGCGAUCUACGAGAGCUGGUUGGCCAAGCACGGCAAGGCCUACAACGCCCUGGGCGAGAAGGAGAAGCGCUUCCAGGUCUUCAAGGACAACCUCAGGUUCAUCGACGACCACAACGCUGAGAGCCGGACCUACAAGGUCGGCCUCAACCGGUUCGCCGAUCUCACCAACGAGGAGUACCGGUCCAUGUACUUGGGUGCCAAGAUGGAUCGGUCGAGGCGGCGGCUCCGGAAGGCUCGCAGCGAUCGCUACGCUGUGGCCGCCGGAGAGGAGCUGCCGGCGUCCGUCGAUUGGAGGAAGGAAGGUGCCGUUGCCGACGUCAAGGACCAGGGAAGCUGCGGGAGUUGCUGGGCGUUCUCUACAAUUGCUGCUGUGGAGGGGAUAAACAAGAUUGUGACUGGUGAUUUGAUCUCUCUGUCCGAGCAGGAACUUGUGGACUGUGAUACAUCCUACAAUGAAGGAUGUAAUGGCGGACUCAUGGAUUAUGCCUUUGAAUUUAUUAUCAAUAACGGAGGCAUUGAUACUGAGGAAGACUAUCCGUAUAGAGCUGUAGAUAGCAGUUGUGACCAAUACAGGAAGAAUGCAAAGGUCGUGACGAUCGAUGAUUAUGAAGAUGUUCCUGAAAAUGAUGAGAAAGCAUUGCAAAAGGCUGUUGCUAAUCAACCAGUGAGCGUGGCCAUUGAAGCAGGAGGCCGGGAAUUCCAGUUUUACGAUUCGGGUAUAUUUACUGGAAAAUGUGGGACAGCUCUGGAUCAUGGGGUUGCGGCUGUCGGAUAUGGCACAGAAAAUGGAGUUGAUUACUGGAUAGUGAGGAACUCAUGGGGCAGUAGCUGGGGAGAGGAAGGUUACAUCAGAAUGGCACGUAAUGUGGCUGGUACCCCCACUGGCAAAUGUGGUAUAGCCAUGGAGUCCUCAUACCCUGUCAAGAGGAGCCAAAAUCCUCCCAAUCCCGGCCCGUCUCCACCAUCUCCAGUGAAGCCCCCUGACGUCUGCGACAGUUACUACUCUUGUCCCGAGAGCAACACCUGCUGCUGCGUCUACGAGUAUGCAAACUACUGCUUUGCCUGGGGCUGCUGCCCUCUCGAGUCAGCCACCUGCUGUGACGAUCACUAUAGUUGCUGCCCUCAUGACUACCCAGUCUGCAACGUAAAUGCUGGGACCUGCCAGAUGAGCAAGGACAAUCCACUAGGAGUCAAGGCGUUGAAGCGUACUCCUGCUAAAUUUCACUGGGCUUUUGGAGGUGAACGAAAGAGCAGUGCGUGAAAAAAGGCUUCUGAGUUUGUAAGCUGUGGAUGGAGAUUCUUGAGGGGAGUCGAGAAAAUCGCAGUAACUCAUGUUCUCCUCCUCAUUCGCAUUAAACUGCAGAUCCAGACAACUCCUUUCUUAAAAUGUCCGUAACGUAUGUUGAGCCACCGGUUCUGUAAAUAGACUUCUUAUUUUAUGCGGCAUGAGAUACAGACUUUGCUGCUGCAAGUUUCUGAAACAUCCUCUGUAAAUCCAGGCUUCAUUCAGCAAGGGGUUCUCGAGUAACUCCCUAUUUCUAUAGAAUUUGAAUGCUUUGUUUCACUC